AAAGAGUGAGUGGAAUCUUGAGUGAAAUCUUGCGUUACUACUUUUGUUAUGUUCAUUCAUUAACAUUUAAAACAUAGUUGUUGUUAUUCAGUGGCUUCAUGUCUGCAAGGAUGCAUCAUGAAACUGAUGGUAAUUGCCAAUUUGUUUGUGAUAUAUUUUUGCCAAUGUGAAGAAACUAAAAUGGACGAAGAAGACCAGCAAAUGUUGAAACAAAGCAUCCUCUUGUUUGGGGCGCCACGAAUCUUAAACGACUUACCUGGGCCCGAAUUUACGAAAAAAGAUGUAGACAAAAUACCGUUAAUCAUUGAUUUUAGAAACGAUAAUCCGGGGAAAUACAGUUUUAAGUAUUACACGAAAUUGAAUCAACUGGCAUACGUGGAACGCUACGAAGCGGGUGAAUUACAGGAAAUUGGUAAUCAAGUGAUCCUGAAAGUGAAAGGACAAUACGCUGAAAGAUUUGAACGAAAAAACGGAGGUUAUUACAUCAGAACCAUUGGUUACACCGCUGAUGAGGAUGGUUACAAACCGUUUUUGAUCGACUUGUCCACUUAUUCAACUGAAUCGGUUUACAACGAAACAGUUAUUUAUCGCGGGGGCGGCCCUAAAGGUGAAGCAAAAGGGAUUUCGUCAACUGUGCUCAUAACUUUAACAGGAGGGAAUGCGGUAGGGUAAUUUCGUGAUAAUUAAUUUUAAUAAAAUUGGACAAAAACUCCUAUUUAUUAAUCCUAUUAAACUGAUGUGUGUUCAAUAAAAUGUUUUAUAAAAUUUA